UAGGAGGGAUGAAGCCAGCAGAGAUCAGAUUCUCUCUACAGAGACCUCGACAGCACACUGAGACCAGACAUGGCGCCUACAAUCACUGCAGCAAUGACCAACUCUCAAGAGCAUCUCACUCUGACUCACAAGGUAAAUUCAAGACUCAACAAAAUUUCAAUUUUCUUAAUGACCAUUUAUCUUCAUGAGUGCCAAAACAUCAUUUUCAGAACAAAUGUAUUAAUCUUGUUUCCUCUUGUUUUUCAGCUGAGAAAGCCUCUGGUGGAGAAGCUUCGCAGAGAGCGAAUCAACAGCAGCAUUGAGCAGCUCAAGUCUCUCCUGGGUCCAGAGUUCCUCAAACAGCAGCCAGACUCCAAGCUGGAGAAAGCAGACAUCCUGGAGAUGACAGUUUGUGUCCUCAGACGACUCAAGCAGAAGAACCAAGCUCUGGACUCAGCAGCUGUCAAUCAGGGCUACUCCAGGUGUGUCCGAGAGGUGACACACUUCCUGUCCAGAGAGCAGGUCAACAUGAAGUCCCAGAUGAGAGUGCUGAACCACUUCAACAAGCUGCAGUCUUCCCCUGAGAAGAACCUGAAAGAGGCUAACUUGUGUCCUCUGAGCUCCACAGUCCAGACCAGCAUGACUAAAAAGAGUAGUCUCAUUAACAGCGCCCUCUGGAGGCCGUGGUAACCAACAAGCUGAUGGACUUUCGAACCCUUUCUCACACGCUGGUUGUCUUAUUUGAGAAGUUACUGCAUAUUUUAUGCAAUUUUCACCCUGAUUUCCUUUGGUAAAGGCUGAUUCUGUGUUUCUGUGAUAUUUGCAGACUGUUGAAUUAUUAUUUUCCUUUAUUUGAAAAGUUUUGAUCUCUUUCUGAAUCAGAUGUUACUCUGUGAAGUAAUCGUUCAAGUUCCCAGUGGGAAUAACUUAAUACAGUCAGUGACUGAUUAUUCCUCCAUGUAGGACUCUUCUAAUUUAACAUGUCAAACAUGUGUCUGAUUUAUAUGUGAUGUUCACAUCCUCUGUCUAUCUUCUGAUAUGUCUUUGGAUCUCUCUGCAUUUUUAGCAGAUGAUGUUUUUGUAUGAAAAUGUUCAUGAAGACAAACGUGCAGUUUUAUCACUCUGUGAGUGUCAGCACUCUUUCCUUCGGUGAAGGUUUCUGUUUGGAAAAAAAUAACAUGAAUGUAUCUCUUCAAGCCAAGUGAUGCGAAAUAAAACAAUCAGAAAAAACAAAAAAA